GCAGCCGCGGCGAGCAGCGGCGGCCUCGGAGGAAGAGGGGUCGGCGCCCGGGGUUCUGGCGGCCGCGGCUCUCCCGUCGCAGUAUAUCCUGCUCGGAUUAUCUUUUGCUUCUCCCCAGCUGCCUCCUUCCCCUCACACUGACACUCUGUCCCACUCCUCCGCGUCCUCGGUCGAAGCUGCCCUCGGCCCGGGCUGGUUCCCCCCCGCCUGGGGACGCCCCUUACCUCCGCUCCCUGGCUGCAGGGGACCCCGCCGAGACCAUGAGGAAAUUCAACAUCAGGAAGGUGCUGGACGGCCUGACCGCCGGCUCGUCUUCGGCCUCGCAGCAGCAGCAGCUGCUGCAGCAGCAGCAUCCGCCUGGGAACCGGGAGCCCGAGAUCCAGGAAACGCUCCAGUCAGAGCACUUUCAGCUGUGCAAGACUGUUCGCCAUGGAUUUCCCUAUCAACCCUCAGCCCUGGCCUUUGAUCCUGUACAGAAGAUCCUGGCAGUGGGAACUCAGACUGGUGCUUUGAGGCUUUUUGGUCGUCCAGGAGUAGAAUGUUAUUGCCAGCAUGACAGUGGAGCUGCAGUAAUCCAGCUCCAGUUCCUGAUUAAUGAGGGAGCUCUUGUGAGUGCCUUGGCUGAUGACACCUUACAUUUAUGGAAUUUACGUCAAAAGAGACCUGCCAUACUACAUUCACUUAAAUUUUGCAGAGAAAGGAUUACGUUUUGCCAUCUGCCUUUCCAGAGUAAGUGGCUCUAUGUGGGCACUGAACGAGGUAAUAUACAUAUUGUCAAUGUGGAGUCGUUCACACUCUCAGGCUACGUCAUUAUGUGGAAUAAAGCCAUUGAACUGUCAUCUAAAUCUCACCCAGGACCUGUCGUCCAUAUAAGUGAUAAUCCAAUGGAUGAAGGAAAGCUUUUGAUUGGCUUUGAAUCUGGAACAGUAGUGUUAUGGGACCUCAAAUCAAAGAAAGCAGACUACAGAUACACCUACGAUGAGGCUAUCCACUCUGUUGCUUGGCAUCAUGAAGGAAAACAAUUUAUUUGCAGUCAUUCAGAUGGCACUUUGACUAUAUGGAAUGUGAGAUCCCCUGCUAAGCCUGUACAGACGAUAACUCCACAUGGAAAACAGUUAAAGGAUGGGAAGAAGCCAGAACCAUGCAAGCCUAUCCUCAAGGUGGAAUUCAAAACGACUAGACCUGGGGAACCUUUUAUUAUUUUAUCAGGAGGUUUGUCAUACGAUACUGUAGGAAGAAGACCUUGCUUAACAGUUAUGCAUGGAAAAAGUACUGCAGUGCUAGAAAUGGACUAUUCAAUUGUUGAUUUCCUGACGCUGUGUGAAACACCAUACCCAAAUGAUUUUCAAGAACCAUAUGCUGUGGUUGUUCUACUAGAAAAGGAUUUAGUACUUAUAGACCUUGCACAAAAUGGAUAUCCUAUAUUUGAAAAUCCCUACCCUUUGAGUAUACAUGAAUCCCCUGUUACAUGUUGCGAAUAUUUUGCUGACUGUCCUGUGGACCUUAUUCCUGCACUUUAUUCUGUUGGAGCUAGACAGAAACGUCAAGGUUACAGCAAAAAGGAAUGGCCCAUUAAUGGAGGCAAUUGGGGCUUGGGUGCUCAAAGCUACUCAGAAAUAAUUAUUACAGGGCACGCUGACGGAUCAGUUAAGUUCUGGGAUGCUUCUGCGAUAAAUCUACAAGUAUUAUAUAAAUUAAAGACGUCUAAAGUAUUUGAAAAGUCAAGAAAUAAAGAUGACAAGCCAAACACAGACAUUGUAGAUGAAGAUCCGUAUGCCAUUCAGAUCAUCUCCUGGUGUCCAGAAAGUCGAAUGUUGUGCAUAGCUGGAGUUUCAGCUCAUGUCAUUAUUUAUAGAUUCAGCAAACAAGAAGUGAUUACAGAAGUCAUUCCGAUGCUUGAAGUUCGACUGUUAUAUGAGAUAAGUGAUGUGGAAUCUCCAGAGGGUGAACAGGCACCACCUUUGCCAACGCCAGUUGGGAGUGCCAAUCCUCAGCCCGUUCCUCCUCAGUCUCAUCCUUCUACCAGUAGCAGUUCAUCUGAUGGGCUUCGUGAUAAUGUCCCUUGUUUGAAAGUUAAAAAUUCUCCACUUAAACAGUCUCCAGGUUAUCAGACACAAUUAGUUAUUCAAUUGGUAUGGGUGAGUGGAGAACCACCGCAACAAAUAACCAGUCUGGCAGUUAAUUCUUCCUAUGGAUUGGUAGUUUUUGGCAAUUGUAGUGGCAUUGCAAUGGUUGACUACCUCCAGAAAGCAGUACUCCUCAACCUGGGCACUAUUGAAUUAUGCGGCUCCAGUGAUCCUUAUCGGAGAGAACCCCGAUCUCCUCGUAAAUCUCGACAACCUUCAGGAGGUAUGCUGAUUGUGACUUCUUGCAUGUGCGGCGUUUCUAGCUUAUAUUCUGAAUCUGUGAAACAACUCCGUUCUUCUUUUUUAACAGGUCUGUGCGAUAUUAGUGAAGGGACUGUAGUCCCAGAAGAUCGCUGCAAAUCUCCAACUUCUGGUUCUUCAUCACCACACAAUUCAGAUGAUCAACAAAAAGUGAAUAAUUUUAUAGAAAAGGUGAAGAUCAAAAGCAGAAAGUUUUCCAAGAUGGUAGCCAGUGAUAUAGCAAAAAUGUCAAGGAAGUUAAGCUUGCCUACUGACCUAAAGCCUGACUUAGAUAUAAAAGAUAAUUCCUUCAGCCGAUCACGGAGUUCAAGUGUAACCAGCAUUGAUAAAGAAUCCCGAGAAGCAAUCUCUGCUCUUCAUUUCUGUGAAACUUUUACUCGAAAGGCAGAUUCAGCCCCCUCCCCAUGUUUGUGGGUUGGUACUACAUUGGGAACAGUGCUUGUCAUUGCACUGAACCUUCCCCCAGGAGGAGAGCAAAGACUUCUUCAGCCAGUAAUUGUGUCUCCAAGUGGUACUAUAUUGAGGUUAAAAGGGGCAGUCCUGAGAAUGGCAUUCCUGGAUUCCACAGGCUGCUUAAUACCACCCGCAUAUGAAUCCUGGAAAGAACACAGUGUUCCUGAAGAGAAGGAUGAAAAGGAGAAACUGAAAAAACGAAGACCUGUCUCUGUAUCUCCCUCCUCUUCUCAGGAAAUUAGUGAAAACCAGUAUGCAGUGAUAUGUUCUGAAAAGCAAGCAAAAGUAAUUUCACUGCCAACUCAGAACUGUGCUUAUAAGCAGAACAUUACAGAGACCUCAUUCGUUCUUCGUGGAGAUAUUGUAUCAUUGAGUAACAGUAUCUGCCUUGCCUGCUUCUGUGCCAAUGGACACAUUAUGACUUUUAGUUUGCCGAGUUUAAGACCUCUAUUGGAUGUGUAUUACUUGCCCCUUACCAAUAUGCGGAUAGCCAGAACAUUCUGCUUCACCAACAAUGGACAAGCAUUAUAUCUUGUUUCACCUACAGAAAUCCAGAGACUCACUUACAGUCAAGAGACCUGUGAAAAUCUUCAGGAAAUGUUGGGUGAACUCUUCACUCCUGUAGAAACACCUGAAGCACCAAACAGGGGAUUCUUUAAAGGCUUGUUUGGAGGUGGUGCACAAUCUCUUGAUAGAGAAGAACUAUUUGGAGAAUCAUCCUCGGGAAAGGCUUCAAGAAGUCUUGCUCAGCAUAUCCCUGGCCCUGGUGGCAUCGAAGGCGUGAAAGGAGCAGCAUCUGGAGUUGUUGGUGAAUUAGCACGAGCCAGGUUGGCACUAGAUGAAAGAGGGCAGAAACUUAGUGACCUGGAAGAAAGAACUGCAGCUAUGUUAUCCAGCGCAGAUUCAUUUUCUAAACAUGCUCACGAGAUGAUGUUGAAAUACAAAGAUAAGAAGUGGUACCAGUUCUGAUAACCAGAAAUCCAACUAAGUCCAACUUUAGCCAGAAGGAAAAAGAAUUUUCCUAUUUUAUUUUACUGAUUUCACUUUAGGAAAGUUAACAUUAACGAGAUGUUCAUCACUGGAUUUUGCUCUUUCCUAGCACAAUCAUGCACUGUUUGACCUCAGUCAUGCGGCUUUAACUGAGGAGCAUUCACACACACUCAACAUGGAGUAUAUGCUGUGGGCCAGCUACGAGUUGACGGUUUGGGAACUAGGAUGGUCACAUGUUACAGAUGAAGAAACAGAGGGGUGUUGAGGAGACAUGGCAGGGACUUUUCCUGGGUCGGUCCUGUAUUAAACUUUCACAUGCCAAAAGCUUCUGUACUGUCGUUACCUGCCAUCGUUGUUUGACCUCUUUGAGGGAGAGGCAAUAAGUCAGAAGUCCUGAAGCUGAAAUAGUUACAUUUGUGUCACUGACUGAAUUAUAAACGGCUGUCUUGGACUUUCCCUCCCUUCAACUGACUGGUCAUCAGUAUCAUUAGUGAAAAAGAAACAAACUGUUUAUUACCAUAUCUUUAGACAGAUAAGCUGAAUGGUGGGCUUUAAAUAAUAAAAACAUACACAUAGUUGAAUUGUGUAUGGGCUACUCUUGGAUUCUUGUUAUUGUAUACUUGUGUUUAUUCCAUAUUUUGUCAAAAGCAAAACAAGGCGAUACAUCACUUUUCAUUGAAAAGAAAAGUGUAGAGCAUGACUGAACUGCUCAUCAUUUGGGAGUUUCCAUGUAAUGGCUAUGCAGUGUGGAAAGUGAGAAAAACCUCCAUUGUGGUGAGGAGAAUACUUCAAUGUCCCUUGUCCUUGUUCUCAUUAAUUCAGCUAAACGUGGAUUUGACCAAAAUAGUUACUGGUUAAAUUUGUAGAAAUGUUGAAAUUGGCUAAGUUUUUAAUUUUGCUUGAAUUUUUAUAAAAUGUUUAACCCAAUGUACCUUUGCAUUAUUUAAUUAAAGUUGCUUUAAAAAAAAGUUUCAUUAUUUCAGUAAAAUGUUCAGCUCCCUUUUUAAUAUGCCCUUUACUUGCUAACAGUUCCAGUACACUCAGGUGAUGAGCCAAUUAAAUCUUAGUGCACAUGCUGUCGCAUGGAAAAAAUCACAAGCAUCCUUUGUCAAUAAUUAUCUAUGUAAAAGUCUAGUCUGAUGACGUACAAAGUAUUUUCUGUAGAAAUAUAAUGUAAAAUUGUUCAUGUCCUUUCAAGGUUUUAAAAAGCCAAAAGGAAAGGAAAAUAUGUGCAUUUUGGUAACUAAAUUAUUCCUGUAUUGGAGUAUAAAGCAGAUGAGAGCAUCAGUGGACAAUAAAUGAUUGGUCCCUAGAAUAGCACACAGACAGAAAAGAGAUGAUGGGGUAGAUCUGAAGUAGGUAAGCUCAUUCUGCAGGCUCAUCUGAGAUUAUUACUGACUGUUCUUAAAGCAACAAAGGACGAAUAAUAUAGAAACAUUAUACUUAGUAUUAAUGAAAUUUAAAUAUUUUCUUCUAUAAAAAAUAGUUUAAAACAGUUUUCUUUUGUCAUUAAGAGAUAAUCAGAGCACAAAUUGAUAGCAAACAUGAUGGUUGCUUUUCUAUUCCAUAUGAUCAUUAAAGGUAUAUUGUAGAACACCUUAAUUUCACACAGUCUGUUAUGCAUUUUUCCUCUUUACUCUUUUCAUUACUAAAGCUCUUAUGUUUACAUUUUAUAACGUGCACUAUGGGAUAUGAAAGUUUACAUUAAAAUGUACUUUGAAUAUCAUUAGGGAGGGAUUAAAUAUAUGUGAUGGAGACAACUGAUCAAGCCAAAAGAAAUAUUUUAAAAAUAGUCAUUCUCAAAAGUUUUUGACUUUGUAGAAAGUACCUAUGAGUAACAUUUCUGUUAGUUAAUGUCAGCUAUAUGAUGAACAUGUAGCAGUUUACAAAUUGUUUAAUUUGUAUCAUAUAUUAUCUAAUAAACCCAUUGUUCCAUGAUAUGUCACAGGAAGUAUUAAGCCGUUUUUUAAAGGUACAGUUUUGUGAAUGUCAUCAAUAAAAUCAGUAGCUAAUGAAUUUGAAGUUGAGAAGCACUAAGUAAAGUAAUAUACUGGUUGAUUCCCCAUUCAUGUGUAAGGGCAUAUUAGCUCCAAUUAUUUAAUUUGCUGUGUUAUUUCGUGUUAAUUGUAUAUCAACUUAAUUUUUAUA